AAUCAACGUGAGCCACAAUCAAACGCACGCGAUACCUAAUUGCGUUACAACAAUAUUUAUUUAAUAACAAAUUUUAUAUUAAAAUGAUGCACCAAUUGAUCAGAGUCGCGUUCUUUUUCGUUAUCGCCAAUUUCGUUAUAAUAACCGAUAAACACAGAAUAAUUGCUGCAGAAUCAGUUACCGCCACGACGAAUGGAUAUGCAAUGAAAACGCAAGCAGUGAAUAAUUCGAUGGAAAGUGAAAUUAGAGUAGCAAGAACCCAAUUGCAAUUUGAGAACAAUGGGAAAUUCAAAUCGGCCGAUAGGCUCAGGAACGAGAAAAUGGUGCACAUCGUACAAAUAAUGGCCGCGCCAAGGCUACCGGAUAAUGGAAAUUACCUUUACGCACCAUAGAAGAAAAAGCUACCACUCACAAUAUUUAACGACAUUGUCACAGAUACUUUUAUUAUAGAAAUAUUUUAAAACAUAUCUGCAGACUCUGAAAUGGUAAAAAUUAUUAUUUAACCAUCUAGUGAAAUGAAAAGAGGCUCUCCGACUGGUUCUGAUAACUAAAUUUCUAUAGUAUAGAAUUUAUCAUCCUGUGCAAUGUCUUACUUAUUAUUACCAAGUAAUUGUGAUAUACUAAUUAGAAUUAAAAGAAAACUUAUAUAUAUAGUUAUGAA